GAAUAUAUUCACAUCCAAUCCCAUAUUACCCACACACCACCUUCUUUCUUUACCACCUUUGUAGUGGUUAACAUACAACUCCAAACCUCAUUGGAGCUUCAACUCCCAUUCAUUUUGCAUACCACCAGCAGUCCGAAUUUAAAGAUAGCCAACUGUUCCUCGUCUUGUUUACCUUGGAUAGUUCAUCAUGUCGUGGGCAGGCUUUAAGAAGAAUGUCAAUAGGGCGACGACUCAGGUUAUGAUGAAGACUGGUCAUGUUGAGAAGACAAAUGAUCGCGAUUACGAAGUUGAAGAAAGGUUAGUUACAACUUUAUUACACAACCACAAUGGCUCCAACAAUGGCCGGACACGAUACCACGGAGGAAGAAUCGGACGAGGAAAUGAAGGCGCUCUUGAGAGCUGUGCAAGAAGUCAGUUUGCGCUUGACUUUGGAGAAUGCUGGUUACUCCAGUAACUCUGAGUCUGAAUCCGAACCCGAUUACGAGUCAGAAAAUGAAGAAGAGGCCGAGAUCGACGAAAACAAUUCAUCAGGCUAUCCUUCAACCACUUCCUCCAACUUUCUGUCUACACCAUCUGCUUCGUCUGCCGGUUACUAUCCAUCAAGCCCUUCCCUUCACUCGACCACGAAAUCCUCCAAAACUUUGACCGACUACCUUCCAUCAACUCCUAUUUUACAUUCAAAGUCGGCCUCUUCCAAUUUCGGAAAUGAAGACUUGGAAUGGGAUUAUUUCAUGACCCAGUUCAUGGCGGCCGAAACUGAGGAGGAAAAGGGAAUUGUAGUUGACCAAGUAUCUAGACGUUAUCGCACAAUGGAGGCCGCUUCAUUGAGACUGCAAAAGGAGUCGAAAGGUUAUUUGGACUCUUUGAGAGCAAUGACCGCUUCCCAGAUGCGCAUUGCUGAGACCAUUGAUGCUUUCUACGGUGAUGCCGGCGCAAAGGAUGGUGUCAGUCGCAGUUACAAGCAAGCUGUAGAGGAUCUCGACGCCGAGACAAUUAAAGCCCUUGAUGGUCCAUACCGUACCACCGUCUUGGAGCCCAUCUCAAGAUUCUGUGCCUACUUCCCUGAUAUCAAUGAAUGUAUUAAGAAGCGUAACCACAAGCUUCUCGAUUACGAUGCCAUGCGCGCAAAGGUUAAAAAGCUCGUCGAGAAGCCAGAUAAAGAUGUCACCAAACUCCCUCGUGCCGAAAAGGAAACUGAGAUGGCUAAGGCGGCUUACGAGCAACUCAACGACCAACUCUUUAAUGAACUUCCUCAACUCAUCGACCUUCGUGUUCCUUACCUUGACCCAAGUUUCGAAGCUUUAGUCAAAAUCCAACUUCGCUUCUGUGCUGAGGCAUAUUCCAGAAUGGCACAAGUACAACAAUACUUGGAUGCUGAUACUAGAGAGCAAUACGCGCAAGGACAUCUCGACAGCAGGGUUGAGCAAGUCUUGCAAGAAAUUCGCGAACUAAGCAUCAGUGGAACAGUUUGAGCAGUGCAAUUUCAAAAGGGCUUAAUAUCAAGGAAUGUUAUUUGCAUGGUACUUAUGGUACUUCAUGAAUAUAUGACUGGUGUUACAUGGAUGAAAGUUAGGGUUUUGACUGGCAAGCGUUGUCAUUUGACUUCGAUACUAAAGGAAGGCGUUUGGGAAAGUUGUAUACCAUUGCCAGACCCAAUUGUAAAGGACUGAGCAUGUAUCAUCUAAGAUUGGUUUUUCUGUAGACACGAGAAUUUUAUCUUGCUGCUCGCAAGAUCAUAAUCAUCACCUGGAAUCAUCUGUGUUAUCUAUUGCCUGUGAUGUGACA